GCAAUGCCUGAAUAUUCAACAUCAACCGAAUUUUGUAGAAUACAGAACAAGAAUAGAACAAAGAUUUGAUGAAAUCAAAAAUACACCCGAAUCAACAAUGAAUCAGGAUGAACUUGAAUGGAUGGCUGGUAUUGCCAAGGAUAUUCAAAAUCAUAUUUUAUGCAAUUCAACCAAAGAUCAACAACAUCAAAUUUUACGUGCUUGUUCUUGUGUCUUUGAUAUCAUGAAACAAAGUACUGCUUCUGCUUUACCUGUUAAUUCCACUGAUGGAAAUUAGUUUUUUUAUACCUUUUCAGUUUUUUACAAAUAAACAAAAUCAUCACUGAACCAAUCAUCUAUAUAUAUUAUUUACGUAGAAUAUCUUUCUUUUCCUCUUUUUUUUUUUUUUUAAUUUCAAAAUCAUGCCUCCUCAUUUUGAAUCUUUAGAUCAUCAAGAAUCCGAUGUAUAUUCACUUCGUCAUCUAAUUCAAGAAAUUCAUCGAGUCCUUCAAAACAAUCCAAUGGAUCCAUCAUUGAUCUUGACACUUUUUGACAAGUAUCAUGCGGAUGAUUGGAAGCCAUAUGCCUUGUUUGAUCCUACCCAACCCUAUACUAGAAACCUAGUCGAUGAUGGAAAUGGUAAAUUCAAUAUCAUGAUCCUGGCAUGGACCGAAGGUCAAUACAGUCCUAUCCAUAAUCAUUCCGGAUCUCAUUGCAUUAUGAAGAUCUUGGAAGGUCAUUUGCAAGAAUCCUUAUAUGAUUGGCCAGAGAAGGAUGGACAGCCAUUGACUUUGUUACAGCAAACUCUUCUUUUACCAAAUCAAACAACCUAUGUUCAUGAUAACAUUGGAUUACAUCGUAUCACUAAUCCCAAUCCAAAUCGAGGUGCUGUUUCUUUACAUUUGUACACACCUCCGUAUCAGACAUGUACUACCUUUCAAGAACGUACAGGCCAAGCUGUUCAAAGCGGUAUCUGUACUUUUCAUUCCAUCCACGGCAAGCCAACUAGUUUCUAAUACAAUAAACUGUAUUGUGUGAAUUUAAUGAUGAGUGAUGAUCUCUUGCUAUUUUUU